CCAUUAACACCUCCCCAUAAACUCCAUAUAAAACGCCGUCCCUCCAUAAUCCCCGCCUUUCCGAAUUCAUAUAAAAAAAUAGCCCAUAUCUCCCUCCACCGAUCGCCACCAUAACGUCACGGCGCCGCAGUCGGACCACCGCUCCCCACACUUAUCUCUCCGCCAAUUAAAACCCCUCAAUCAAUUUCAAACAUGGUCAACAAUAAACGUAAGCGCGGCGGCAACCCUAAAUCCCAGACCCCUGAAACCCUAGAUCUCAAAUCCACAAAAUCAACACUUAAUUCCCCAUCAAUCAACGAACUUGAUCCCACCAUUCAAUCCACCAAGCCGGAAACCACCCACAACCACCACCUCCGUCGCCGCCGUAACCCCACCGUCACCGGCGGCGAAAACUCUAACGAUAAAACCCUAAUCAGUUCAUCUAAUGGGGUUGUGAAUAAGGGUGUAAUGAAAAGUAGUAUUGAGAAUGGAGAGAAUGGGGUUUUGGGCCGGGUUGUUCCGGCAAUGGAUGCCGUAGUGAAGGUGUUUUGUACGCAUACCGAACCGAAUUUUUCGCUUCCGUGGCAAAGGAAAAGACAGUUUAGUUCAAGUAGUAGCGGGUUUGUGAUUAGUGGGAAGAGAGUGCUUACUAAUGCGCAUUCGGUUGAGCAUUAUACUCAAGUUAAGUUAAAGAAACGUGGGUCGGAUACAAAGUACGUUGCUACGGUUCUUGCGAUAGGGACGGAAUGUGAUAUUGCUUUACUUACGGUGGAGGACGAUGAAUUUUGGACGGAUGUAUCACCUGUGGAGUUUGGGGAUCUGCCUGCACUUCAAGAUGCAGUUACUGUUGUGGGUUAUCCAAUUGGAGGUGAUACGAUAUCUGUUACUAGUGGGGUUGUUUCACGCAUAGAGAUACUAUCUUAUGUCCACGGGUCAACUGAGCUUUUGGGAUUACAGAUCGAUGCUGCAAUUAACUCAGGGAAUUCCGGUGGACCUGCAUUUAAUGACAGAGGAAGUUGUGUUGGUAUUGCAUUUCAGUCUCUUAAGCAUGAUGAUGCCGAGAACAUUGGAUACGUCAUACCAACACCCGUAAUAAUGCACUUCAUCCAAGAUUAUGAGAAGAAUGGAUCAUAUACCGGAUUUCCUAUUCUUGGGGUCGAAUGGCAGAAGAUGGAAAACCCUGACUUGCGUAAGGCUAUGGGGAUGAAAGAUAAUCAAAAAGGUGUUCGUAUACGAAGAAUUGAUCCCACGGCUCCUGAGCAUAAAGUUCUAAAACCAUCUGACAUCAUUCUCAGUUUUGAUGGGGUUGAUAUUGCGAACGAUGGAACAGUUCCUUUUAGACACGGAGAGCGGAUUGGUUUUAGCUAUCUUGUAUCCCAUAAGUACAAUGGAGAUACAGCUCAAAUCAAAGUUCUUCGUGAAUCUAAGAUCUUAAAAUUUAACAUUAAGUUUGAGAGUCACAGAAAGCUAAUUCCUGCACACAACAAGGGUAGACCUCCGUCAUAUUAUAUCAUUGCAGGAUUGGUUUUUACAACCGUGUCUGUUCCGUAUCUCAAAUCUGAGUAUGGAAAGGAGUACGGAUAUGAAGCUCCAGUGAAGCUGUUGGACAAACUUCUUCAUGAAUUGCCGAAGUCACCAGAUGAACAGAUUGUAGUUGUCUCGCAGGUGCUGGUGGCAGACAUCAACAUAGGAUAUGAGGAGACAGUUAACACUCAGGUUCUUGCUUUUAAUGGGCAACCAGUCAGGAAUCUGAAGAGCUUGGCAAACAUGGUAGAAAGCUGCAAUGAUGAAUAUUUAAAGUUCGAAUUAGAUUAUCACCAGAUUAUGGUACUUCAUACAAAGAAUGCGAAAGCAGCAACAGUGGACAUACUCUCAACUCAUUGUAUACCAUCUGCCAUGUCUGAUGAUCUGAAGACAUAAAAACCAUUGACAAUGUGGUGCCAGUGUCUUUGCUAGAGUUGACAUAAUUUCAAGUCAAUGAUAGCUCCUUAGAGCCAGAUGUUUUGGGCCUUGAGCUCUAUACAGUAUCUGGUGAGCAGGGAUACAUAUGAAUAUGGCAUGAUGAAGUAGGAAGAAAUGACAACUCAUUUAUCUUCCAUUUUGAUUCAUUACCAGCACGUCCAUUUGAAUUAUUAUUAAUUAUUAUUUUGAAUUUCAUGUGCAUUUUUUUGAUAAGAAAAUGGUCAUUGGAUAAUUGACAAAAAUUAGUGAUUA